AGAUCGACCUUCACCUCCAGAAGCUCCACUUGAGUAUGAGGAAAUCACAGGAUCAAGUGUAACCUUGUCAUGGAAACCACCAAGUGACAAUGGUGGUAGUGAGAUUACUGGUUAUGUAAUUGAGAAGAGAGACCUGACACAUGGUGGUGGUUGGGUACCAGCUGUCAGUUUUGUAAAUCCAAAAUAUAAUCAUGCAACUGUCCCGCGCCUUCUGGAAGGCACCAAAUAUGAGUUCCGAGUAUCUGCUGAGAAUCUCCAAGGUCGCUCUGAUCCUCUCAACACACAGAAACCAGUUGUUGCAAAGAGUCAGUUUGAUGUUCCUGGACGUCCUGGUCGCCCUGAAGCUGUUGAUACUGAUAAAGACCAUAUAAAAAUCAAGUGGAAACCUCCCAUUAGCAAUGGUGGUUCUCCAAUUAUUGGCUAUGAUGUGGAGAGGAGAGAACGCAUGACAGGUCGCUGGGUCAAGCUCAACAAGGACCCAGUGAAGCAUCUUGAGUAUUAUGAUGACCACGUGCUAGAGGGUCGCCAGUAUGAAUACCGUGUUACAGCCAUCAAUGCUGCUGGCCAUGGCAAACCUAGUGACACAUCAGCAGCUAUCACAGCUAAGCCUAUGAGAGAAAAACCAAAACUGUAUUUGGACGGUCUUAUUGGUAAGAAGAUCAAAGUGCGUGCUGGAGAGCCAAUUAAUAUCCAAAUUCCUUUAUCAGGAGCUCCUAUUCCUGUUGUUGACUGGACUAAAAACUCUGUUAAACUCCCAGAAACCAACAGGAUUUUGGCACAAACCACAAGUGACAACACUAGUUUGCGUAUUGAUUCUUCGACCAGACAAGAUUCAGGAAAGUACACCAUUACAGCAAAGAAUGAUUAUGGUAAGGACUCAGCAGAUAUUGAAGUUGUGGUGGUGGACAAGCCUGGAAUACCCAAAGGACCACUUUCAUACACCAACACCACACAAGACAGUGUAUCACUUGCAUGGAAUCCACCAACAGAUGAUGGAGGUGGAGAUAUUACAGGUUAUGUGAUUGAGAUGACAGAGUAUGGUUUGGAUAACUGGAAAGCUUUACCAGGAUUCUGUCCCAAAACUGCUUUCACUGCAAAGGGACUGCAUGAAGGAAAGCGUUAUGUGUUCCGAGUUCGGGCUGAGAAUAUUUAUGGCUUAUCAGAACCUUUGGAGGGAAAACCUGUUGUAGCAAAGAGUCCAUUUGAUCCCCCAGAUGCUCCAAGCACACCAGAAAUUACAGGUUACAGCCCAAGUACUUGCAGCUUGCAAUGGAAUCCACCAGUAUCUACAGGAGGGAAGCCUAUAACAGGGUAUUAUGUGGAGAAGCGUGAGCGUGGAGGUGAAUGGAUUAAGGUGAAUAAUUAUCCAACACCAAAUACAAGCUUCACUGUACAAGAUCUGCGAGAAGGCGCCCGUUAUGAAUUCCGUGUGAUUGCAGUCAAUGAAGCUGGACCUGGAAAGCCCAGCAAACCCACAGAACCGAUUACUGCAGAAGCACAACGCUUGAAACCUGAUGCACCUGAACCUCCUAAACCUGAUCGCAUUACAAAAGAUAGUGUGACCCUUUCCUGGAGGCCUCCUCGCAGUGAUGGAGGAUCAAAGAUCAAGGGCUAUAUUAUUCAAAAGAAGGGAAAAGGAGAUGCUGAUUGGUCUGAUGUCAAUGGGACACCUGUCCCAGUAAACGUGUUUAAAGUGCCUAAUCUGAAAGAAGGUGAUGAAUACCAAUUCAGAGUUAUAGCUGUGAAUGAUGUAGGUCCAUCAGAUCCCAGUAGGCCAAGUAAUAGCAUACUGAUUGAAGAAGAAUCUAAUAAGCCAUGCAUGGACCUAGGAGGUGUUCGUGAUAUUACAGUGCGUGCUGGGGAAGAUUUCUCUAUCCAUGUUCCAUAUGUUGCAUUCCCAAAACCUACACUUACAUGGUUCAACAAUGAUACACUCCUGGAUGGAUCAGAUACCAGAGUACAUCAGCAAUUGGCUGAUGACUAUGCCAGUAUUGUAGUGAAGAAUUCCAAGAGGUCUGACACAGGUCAGUACCGCCUGCAGUUGAAAAAUCAGUCUGGCUUUGACACAGCCACUAUUAAUGUACGGGUGUUAGAUCGGCCAAGUCCACCUGAGAAUCUGAGGGCUGAUGAGUUUGCUGGUGAGGCACUCACACUCUUCUGGAAUCCUCCAAAAGACAAUGGUGGAGCUGAUAUUACAAACUAUGUUGUGGAGAAGAAAGAACUGCGAUCUGCAGCAUGGCAGAAGGUAAGCAGUUAUGUGACUACACCAUUCUGCCGUAUCCGCAAUUUGGUGAUUGGUCGAGAAUAUGAGUUCCGAGUUAUGGCUGAAAAUCAGUAUGGCACAUCUGAUCCUGCUGUUAUUGCUGAUCCUGUUAAGGCAAGACAUCCAUUUGAUCCACCUGGCCCUCCUGGUACACCAUAUGGUGUUGAAACAACAGAAGAUUCAAUCACUAUCUCAUGGACAAAGCCACGUCAUGAUGGUGGUUCCCCUAUCUUGGGUUAUGUCAUUGAGAAGAAGUUGAUUGGUGAAGACAAGUGGACGAAAGCAACACAUGCGCAUAUAGUUGAGCUCACAUACAAAGUUCCUAACUUGAUUGAAAACCAUGAAUAUGAGUUUCGAGUAGCAGCCGUUAAUGCUGCCGGUCAAGGAGCCUGGAGUUCAUCUUCUGAUGCAAUUGUCUGCAGACCUCCACCGUGUGCACCCAAGAUAACUAGUGAUUUGAGCAUCCGUGAUAUGACUGUGAUAGCUGGAGAGGAGUUCACUAUUACUGUUCCAUUUAUUGGCAAUCCCAAGCCUAAACCAACAUGGACAAUCAAUGGUGAAGAAGUUAUUCCUGGAGACAGAAUUAAAUUUGAAACUAGUACGACUUCAACAGUCUUCAUCAACAAGUGCGCAAAGAGGUCAGAUCUUGGAAUAUACACAAUACAGUUGGUGAAUGCAGAAGGUUCUGACACUGCAUCCUGCAAAGUUCUUGUUGUUGACAAACCUCUGCCACCACAGGGACCAUUAGAUGUUUCUGAUAUCACUCCAGAAACUUGCUCACUGAGUUGGAAACCACCUACUGAUGAUGGUGGCUCUCCAAUUACUAAUUACAUCGUCGAGAAAUUGGAUCCCUUCUCAGGAAUGUGGGUGAAAGUGAGCAGUUUUGUACGAAGUUGUCACUAUGAUGUAAUUGGAUUGGAACCCAACAAGAAGUACAGCUUCAGAAUACGAGCAGAAAAUCAGUAUGGUAUCAGUGAUCCACUUGAGACAGAUCAACCAGUCACUGCCAAAUUUGCAUUCACGGUGCCCGAUCCCCCUGGACAGCCACGCAUCGGUGACUGGGAUAUAAGUAAUGUCACUCUCACAUGGGACAGGCCAAGAAGUGAUGGAGGUUCUAGAAUCCAAGGCUACAAAAUUGAGUACAGGAAUGUUGCAGAAUCUCAGUGGCAUGUGGCAAAUGAUUAUCUUGUUAAAGAUACAACCUACAAUGUGCAUAGUCUUCUGUCUGGAUGUGAAUAUGAGUUCAGGAUAAGAGCUAAGAAUGCUGCUGGCUGGAGCAAACCAUCACCACCAUCCUCUAAGUUUAAGCUCAAGGGGAAGUUUACUGUGCCAUCGCCACCAGGAACUCCAACAGUUAUCAAGGUUGGAAGGAGUUAUGUUGAUCUGAAAUGGGAACCACCUGCAUCUGAUGGAGGAAGCCGUAUCACAGGCUACAUUAUUGAGAAGCGUGAAGUUGGUGUGGCGUCAUGGAUAAAGUGCAAUGAAUAUAAUGUUCUAGAUUGCAGUUACACAGUACUUAAUCUUGUGGAACAGGCGAACUAUGAAUUCCGAAUCUUUGCAGUGAAUGCAGCUGGAAAGAGUGAACCUAGCUCUUGUACAACACCCAUAAAGAUAUGUGAAGUGGAGGGAGGCGAAAAACCGGAAUUUGUUCGUCCACUCACCAAUCAGUGUAUACCACUUGGACUACCGCUUGUAUUGGAGUGUGAGGCUAAAGGCAAUCCUGUACCUACAGCUCGGUGGCUGAAAAAUGGUAGAGAGAUUACAGUGGGUGGCAGAUUCUACACUGAGCAGAAGGGCGGUGUAUUCAAGCUGAAUAUCUCAGAAGUGUGGGGAGCAGAUGAUGCUGACUACACUUGUGAAGCUAAUAAUGCUUUGGGUUUCGUGACUACAACAGCCCAUGUUAAAAUUGGUGCCCCACCCAAGAUUGACCGAAUGCCAGAUGACUUGUACUUACCAGAGGGAGAUAACACUAAGAUCAAAAUCUAUUAUUCUGGAGAUCAGCCUAUGGAAGUAACUCUGAGUAAGGAUGGAAAGAAAAUUGAUGAAACUACUCACAUCAAGUACACAAUAUUUGAUGAAUAUCUUAUAAUAUUCAUUAAGGAUAUCACAAAGGAUGAUGCGGGAACAUACACUUUAACUGUCAAGAAUGACAGCGGAAGUGUAUCGGCAUCUUUCACAGUAUACAUUACUGGUCUCCCUGGCCCUCCUAUUGGUCCACUUGAUGUGUCAGAUAUAACAAAACACACAUGCACACUGAACUGGAAAGCACCUCAGUAUGAUGGCGGUCUUCGUAUCACACACUAUGUGGUGGAAAGGCGAGAUAUUAGCCUCACCCAUUGGAUUAUUGUGUCCAGUUUCUGCAAGGAGACCACCUUCACUGUACAAGGCCUUUCAGAAGGACAGGAGUAUCUGUUCCGGGUGAUGGCUGUUAAUGAAAAUGGCAUGGGACCACCACUUGAGGGGACAAAUCCCAUCAAGGCAAAAGCGCCGUUUGACCCUCCAUCACCACCGGGAGUGCCAAAUGUAACAGAAGUUGGUGAAGACUUUGUCAACCUUUCAUGGGAGAAGCCACAGUCAGAUGGUGGAUCAAGAGUUCAGGGCUACUGGAUAGACAAACGUGAAGUUGGCAGUGAAGCUUGGCAGAGGGUCAACCUCUCUAUAUGUUUUGCCACUCAGAUCAAUAUAUCAAACCUGAUAGAAGGUCGUCAAUAUGAAUUUCGGGUGUUUGCUCAGAAUGAAGCAGGACUGAGCCAGCCAUCUUCAGCUUCCACAUCAGUCAAGAUAAAGGAUCCUUUGACUGCUACACCUCCAGAAAUUGUGAAGCCAUUGAGAAAUGCCAACUCUGUACAGAACCACAAUGCACAGUUUCAGUGUACAAUUACUGGAAACCCAAGACCAACAAUUACGUGGUACAAGGGAGCAAGAGAAAUCAUUCAUGGUACCAAGUAUCACAUGCUCAAGGAAGGUGAUGUAUAUUCACUCAUUGUCAAUGAUGUGUAUGGGGAAGAUGCUGAUGAGUAUGUGUGCAGAGCUGUCAAUAAAGGUGGAAUCAAGUCAACUCGUGCUGAGCUCAUUAUAAUGACUGCACCAAAGCUAAAUGUACCACCUCGGUUCCGUGAUACAGCAUUCUUUGAUAAAGGCGAAAAUGUUGUUAUCAAGAUUCCUUUCACUGGUUCCCCCAAGCCAAGAAUCACCUGGCAGAAGGAUGGAGAAACUGUGGAGUCUGGUGGACACUUUGCAGUUGAGGUUAAGGAGAGGCAUGCAAUCCUCACUAUCCGUGAUGGAAGUAAACUAGACACUGGCCCAUAUCGUCUUCUUGCUGAAAAUGAUCUUGGCAUGGAUUCAGCAAUUAUAAAAAUUCAGAUCAGUGAUCGACCAGAUCCUCCAAGAUAUCCAGCUGUGGACAAUAUUGGCCAUGAUUCCUUGGCAUUGACAUGGAAGCCACCAGGUUGGGAUGGCGGAAGUAACAUUACAAAUUAUUUGGUAGAAAGGCGAGAGCACCCAAUGUCCAGUUGGAUUCGUGUGGGCAGUACAAGAUUCACCAACAUGGCUAUUACAGGUCUCAGUCCAGGACAUCAGUAUGAGUUCCGUGUCUAUGCAGAAAACAUAUAUGGUCGAAGUGAUCCUAGUGAAGUUUCAGGCCUUGUCAAAACAAAAGAUAGUGGAAAGAAAGCCAUCAAGAAAAAACAGUAUGAAGUGGAUGCUACUGGAAAGAAGAUACGUGGUCAGGCAGAUGGAAAUGUGAAUGACUAUGAUCAGUAUGUGUUUGAUAUCUACUCCAAAUACGUUCCUCAACCAGUGGAGAUCAAGACCACGAGUGUAUAUGACCUGUAUGAUAUACUGGAAGAAAUUGGUACUGGAGCAUUUGGUGUUGUUCACCGGUGUCGUGAAAGAAAAACAGGGAAUAUCUUUGCUGCAAAAUUCAUUCCUGUUUCUCAUGCUAUGGAGAAAGAGCUAAUAAGAAAGGAGAUUGAUAUCAUGAACCAGCUACACCAUCCUAAACUCAUUAAUCUUCAUGAUGCUUUUGAAGAUGAUGAUGAAAUGGUUCUCAUCUUUGAGUUUUUGUCAGGAGGAGAACUGUUUGAGCGUAUCACAGCAGAAGGAUAUUCUAUGUCAGAGGCUGAAGUAAUUAAUUAUAUGCGCCAGAUAUGUGAAGGAGUCAAGCACAUGCAUGAGAAGAACAUAAUUCAUUUGGACAUCAAGCCUGAAAAUAUCAUGUGUCAGACAAGAAACAGUACAAAUGUCAAGCUGAUAGACUUUGGACUUGCAACAAAGUUGGAUCCAAAUGAGGUUGUGAAGAUAUCAACAGGGACAGCUGAAUUUGCUGCACCAGAGAUUGUGGAGAGAGAGCCAGUGGGCUUCUACACAGACAUGUGGGCAGUUGGUGUUUUGGCUUAUGUCUUGUUGAGUGGUUUGUCACCAUUUGCUGGUGAAAAUGAUAUAGAAACUCUGAAGAAUGUGAAGGCAUGUGACUGGGACUUUGAUGAAGAAGCUUUUGCUAAUGUUUCAGAGGAAGGAAAAGAUUUUAUUAGACGGCUGCUUGUAAAGAACAAAGAGAAACGUAUGACUGCACAUGAAUGUCUGCUGCAUGCCUGGCUGACUGGUGAUCACAGCAAUCGUACUGAUGUCAUCAGCUCUUCCCGUUACACCAACAUGAGGGACAAGAUCCGGGCUAAGUAUUCAGACUGGGACAAGUUUGUGCUUCCCAUUGGCCGACUGGCUGAAUACAGCUCCCUGCGAAAGUUGUUGGUUGAUAAAUACCGUAUUUAUGAUUCAUCAUUCGAUCGAAGGCAGGCAGCUCCACGGUUUGUGAUAAAGCCACAGAGUGCAUUUGCUUAUGAAGGCCAGAGUGCCAAAUUCUCCUGCCGUGUCAUAGCAAUUGCUGCUCCCACAUUGUCUUGGUUCCAUAACAAUUCUGAGCUAAAGCAGAGUGUUAAGUUCAUGAAACGUUAUGCUGGUGAUGAUUUCACUUUUAUAAUCAACCGAGUGAAGCUUGAGGAUCGGGGAGAAUAUAUCAUCCGUGCAGAGAACCAUUAUGGUUACAGAGAAGAAAUUGUUUUCCUUAAUGUUCAGCCUGUUCCAAAGGUUGUGCCACAGUACAGACCAGAAGUGCAACCAGUGCGUCGUCGUGAACCAUUGGGAUACACUUUAUGGCAAGAAGAGAAAGAAUCUGCUCCAGUUUUCACAUUCCUGUUGCGACCUCGAGUAAUGCAGAUUCGACAGACCUGUAAACUACUCUGCUGUCUCAGUGGCAAGCCUCUUCCGACAGUAAAAUGGUUCAAAGAGAAGAGGGAAUUGACGAAGUAUGAAUACAAUAUGACACAUUCUGAUGGACUGGUUACAAUGGAAAUUGUGGACUGCAAACCUGAAGAUUCUGGGAAGUACCGCUGUGUGGCAACCAACAUUCAUGGCUCUGAUGAGACAAGUUGUGUAGUUAUUGUUGAAGGCCUUGGAGAGAGUGCUGAGCAAGCUGAAUUAGCUAAUAAGUUGAUGUACUCUGGAGACCGCCGAUAUAUUGAGAAACCUAGCAGACCAGCCCCACCGCCAGUUAUAGUCAGAAAGUCAAGUUACAGCAGUUCUCACACAUCAUCAUCUAACCAGUACAGUAGUUCCACUCAGAGUAAUUACAAGUCUGCAGCCACAAUUGCAGUGAACAGUUCAAGUAGUUCAAGCACUACAGACACAUCAGACAAGCGCACCAUCAGGAAAUAUGGAAGCAAAUUGGAUACAACUGGCAGUCCAUCAAGGUCACGCAGUGCAACCAAAGAAUUGAUAUUGCCACCAGAUGAUUCACUGAUGUGUAAACCUGAAUUCACACGGAAGCUGCAAGAUUUAACAGUCAAUGAUGGAGAUCAGCUUCAGUUCAGUUGCUCAAUAAAGGGAGACCCUGAACCUCAGGUCAACUGGACAAAGAAUGGCCAGGCAUUAAGUUCUUCUGAUAUUGUGGACCUGAAAUAUAAGAAUGGAAUUGCAACACUUACAAUAAAUGAAGUGUUCCCAGAAGAUGAAGGUCAAUAUAUUUGUGAAGCCACCAACUCAAUGGGCACAGCAAAGACAGUAUGCAAACUUACAGUGAAGCCUAUGCAGAAUGCAGGAAGCAAAACGAAGAGUGGAGACAAACCUCCAAAGAUUGUCAGCCACUUGAAGUCUGACUUUGUAAAAGACGGUGAACCUGUUAUAUUGUCUUGCCGAAUUAUAGGUGCUCAGAAGUUUGAUGUAAUUUGGCUUCAUAACAACAAAGAAAUCAAGCCAAGUAAAGACUUCCAAUAUACAAAUGAAGCCAACAUAUACAAACUGAAUAUAGCUGAAAUUUUCCCUGAAGAUUCAGGUACAUAUACAUGUGAAGCAUUCAACGAUGCAGGUGAAUCCUUCAGCAGCUGCACUCUGGUUGUCUUAGUACCAAAUGAAGAGCCAAAGAGCCCUGUGUUCAAAACAUUCCCGCAGUCUGCCACUGUCCAGGAAGGAGAGAGUGUGAAGUUUGAAUGUGAAUUUGAGAAAGUGCCGCAAAAGGUGACAUGGCUGAAAGAUGGUAAACCUGUAGAUGAACAAAGUUCAAAGUACCAAUUUGUCCAGGAUGGUAAAAGAAAAUUCAAGUUUGAAGUCACAAGUUGUAGUACAUCAGAUAUAGGCCAGUACACAGCAAAAGCUGAAGGAAAGAAGGGAGAGACAACAGCUGCCUUCUCAUUAAAUAUUGUCCCUGCUGGAGAACUGUGAUCAUCAUUAUGCAGGAAAUAACAAGCCACUUAAAUUUUUUUUAAUAAGGUUCCAUGCAACAGCUUCAGAUUCCUUAUGAAGGCGAAAGGAAUGAAUCAACAUGUCAACAAAGCUCUUGUAAAAUGGGCAUGUAACAUAAUGGUGUUGACUUUGUUAUUGCAUCACCACAAUCAUUUGUAUCAUCAUCAUUGAUAUAUUAAAAUUGCACCAAAAUAAAUGAUCAUAUUGUGAAAUAUGUUCAUCAUCAAUGAAUAAGUGAGAAAUAAUGCCAGCAUCCUGUUUAACAUCUCACAAUUUCUACUACUUUUUCAUUAAUGUUGUCAUAUUUCUUCAAUGCUGUAGUAUUUACAUUUGUCUGAAAAUACUAUACGUACGACACAUGGAAAUUUACCUUUCCAUAAUUCGAUAUACGAAAAAUACGAAUAUUUUUUUAUUUAACUGCUUUCAGAAAGUAAUUUUUACAUGAUGACAGUUACAAGCUGAAGCAGGAUUGUUGUAUUUCUCUUUUUAAAUCUUCAGUAAAUAAUGUAUUGGUUUUUGCACUUCAGUCUCAAUUCAUCACUGAGUAAGGGCAUUUAAAUCUAGUCAUGUAUAAUUAAUACUUCGAAAAUCUAAAAGAACGAACUAUUAUGGCAAAGUUAUAGAAAUCACAUGCACAGUUUUUAAAAUGUGUCAAUUUUGUGUUUAUUAAAAUCAUUCUGUAAUUUAUUUUAAACUGACUCAUGAUGGCACAAGACUGACAUUCACUUCUCUCUCUCUCCCAUUCUUUCCUUCCAUGUCCUGUCAUACCCAGCACUCACUCAAAACUCACUACUUUGUAUGGUCUCAUUUAUGAAUAAAAUAUAAACAGUCUCACA